UAUGAACCACGUGACCCAGGUAUGUGACCUUAGAGGUCGCGUGUUGUCCAAACAGCUCACCUUUUCCUCCACGUGCGGUCCAGGAGCGGGCGGAAGUAAACAAACGUCACAUGACACAGCACCCGACGCACGGUUUCCUCCUUUCCGUUCGGGCAUGCGCAGAAGAACCGCCGAGCGACAACAACAGAAGCUACUUUGUAUCCAACGCGGCGACAUCCGGGUCACCUGAACCCGGAGUGUUACCUGACGGACGGCUCGCUAUGGGCGCCCGGGGUUCGACUUCCGAGGCCGAGCGCGAGCCGCUGCUCGUGCCGCCGCACGCGGACACCGACGCUCCGCCGGCGCACAGCCGCGUGUACGGCCGCAGGUGGCUGGUGCUGAGCCUGUUCUCCCUGCUGGCCUUCAUGCAGGGCAUGGUGUGGAACUUCUGGGGGCCCAUCCAGAACUCGGCCGCGCACGCGUUCGGCUUCAGCAGCUCGGACAUCGCGGUGCUGGUGCUGUGGGGCCCGGUGGGCUUCGUGCCCUGGCUGCUGUUCAUGUGGCUCAUGGACAAGAAAGGUCUGCGGGCGUCCCUCCUCCUCUCGGCCUUCUUCAUGCUCCUUGGAUCGGCUCUGAGGAGCAUCCCUCUGACGGAGCAGCCGCUCAGGAGAUGGUUGAUUCACGGAGGCCACUUCCUGAACGGGUUGGCCGGCCCCACCAUCAUGAGCGCCGGCCCCUUCCUCUCCACCACGUGGUUCGCCCCCGACCAGAGAGCCACCGCCACGGCCGUGGCCUCGCUCUUCUGCUACGUGGGCAGCGCCGCCUCCUUCGUGGUCGGCCCCCUGGUGGUGCAGGCCCCCAACCGCACCUGGGCGGCGACCGGUGCGCCGGUUCCCGACGGCACCAUCCGAGACCGGAUCCAGCUCGUCAUGUAUGCAGAGUUGUCUGUGAUCGCCGUUCUCUUCGCGGCAGUGCUGCUCUAUUUCCCGUCUCGCCCGCCGAUGCCUCCCAGUGUGGCCGCCGCCAGCCAGCGCCUCAGUUACAGGAGCAGCAUCUGCAGACUCCUCAGUAACCUGAGGUUCCUGAUGUUGGCGCUGGCCUACGCCGUCCCCUCUGGAGUGAUCGCCGGCUGGGGGGGAGUCCUGGACAUGGUCCUCACACCAGCUAAAGUCAGCCAGGUGGACGCCGGUUGGAUCGGUUUCUGGUCGAUUAUUGGUGGCUGUGUGUUUGGAGUGGCGAUGGCCAGGUUUGCAGACUCCAUCCGGGGGAUGCUGAAGCUGAUCCUGGUGCUGAUGCUGGCGGGCGCCUCGCUGUCCUCCACCUGGUUCACGCUCACCUGUCUGAGCUCCUUCACGCACCUCCCCUCCACUGCAGCCAUCCUGUACACGUCCUGCAUCAUGCUGGGCAUCUUCAUCAACAGCAGCGUGCCCAUAUUCUUCGAGCUCCUCAUCGAGACCGUGUACCCGGUCCCUGAAGGCAUCACCUGCGGAGUGGUCACGUUCCUGGGGAACCUGGUCUCAGGCCUGCUGCUCAUGUUCCUCACCUUUUACUCUACAGACGUGUCCUGGUUGAACUGGUGUGUGACCGGUUCCUGCCUCUUCAGCCUCGUCCUGCUCCUCUUCUUCAGGGAGUCCUACGACCGUCUGUACCUGGACGUCUUCGUGGCCGUGUGACGCCGCGAGGACGUCCAUGAUGAUAAAGAACUGAAUGAUACUUGUUGCACAAAGAGGAGGACGGGACUGAACCAGUCAGCAGUCGUUGUUUACAGAUGAUGUUAACGGGGCGAUCCGCUGCUCCGGCCAAUCAGCAGGCCCGUCGGGGGUCGUGCUCCAAAGUGACCUUCAACGGAUUUUAGAACAAUAAUAUGCAAAAAGGAGGUCUGGAUGCCGGAGACGAGUGCUGAACCUGCACUUUGAUUUUGACUUUUGUUUCUCGGCUCGAGUUGUUCUCUUCUUUUUUUUUUUGUGGGGUAAUCGUGUCAAAUGAGGUUUUAGUUGUUUUUAUUCAUGCGUUUUCCUCUCAGCCAGUAUUUAUAGAAAGUGUCUCAACACUAACGCGGUUAGUUCCCCUGAUAUUGUGUGUGUGUGUAUAUAUAUAUAUACACACAUCCUCCUCAGAACCUGAAGGGAACAGAAAAGGUUUCUUUGGAAGAUCAAACUGGAGCCGAAGCACAAACGGCUUCAGAACAGGAGAAACUUCUUCCUCGUCCUCGUCUUCUCGCAGCAGCUCUGAGGAGUUUUAAUGUGCGCUCCUCUGAGGAGGAUGAAGGAGGCGCUUUCAUGUUUCCUGGUGCUUGUUGUUUUUUUGUUUUUUUACUCUCCUUGUACAGAAAGAGGUCGUCUUUUAUCUGCUGACAUGUUGCCUUAAUUACCCGGUUCCUCCUCCACACAGGGUUUUAUCUCUGUGUGUGUGUU